AUGGUUUGGAUACCAGAGUGUGAUCCAUGUCUGAAACCAUUUGAAGGACAAGUAUUUGAGUCAUUAGAUACUGGGAUUGAUUUCUAUAUAAAGUACGCGGCGAACGCCGGAUUUGAUGUGCGGCGCAGUUCUGAUGAAAAGAACAAAUACGGAACAAUAUUGAGAAAGCGAUUGGUGUGCUCUCGAGAAGAGUUGGUUGGUGGUGUCGCUAAUGUGGGAGCUACUAAACAAGAUUUCAAGAAUUACAAGAGAGAGAUGUUGGAAUUCAUGAGGGAGGGAGAUGCACAAAUGGUAAUAUCAAAGUACCUUGCAAAGAAAGCAGAUGAUAAAAAUAUGUUCUUCGAUUACGAAAUGAAUGAGCAAGACAACUUGGCCCUACUAUUUUGGGCGGACGGUGUGGCACGGCAAAAUUAUGGAGCAUUUGGUGAUGUCGUGUCGUUUGAUGCUACGUAUCAAACAAACAGGUACAAGCUUGUUUUUGUUCCAUUCACCGGCGUAGACAAUCAUAAGAGAUUUGUAACAUUUGGCGCAGGACUGAUCGAUAGGGAAGACGUGGAGUCAUACCGUUGGAUCCUACAGAAGUUCAAGGAUGCAAUGGCCAAUGGGAAGUAUACCCCCGUUGACCAUAACUGA